UGAACACACCUCAACAAGAGCUCCGGAUCAGAUCGGAUCAGAUCGAAAAUAGGAAAAUUCCAAACUGAGUUAUAACUUUUGUUUUUCCACAGAGGGAUUGCGAAGACAAGACAGCAGUCAGACAGAGACUUUCAUUUGUUGGACCCUUUGGACUUUCACUCUUUCUCUUCUCGGAGUGAUAUUUCAGAUUCACAUUUGAUUUUUUGGGACACUGUUGAGAGAGAGAGAGAGAAAUAAACUCUCUGCUGACACUGACAUUUGUUAAUUAUCAAGAGACUGUGUGUCUAAAAAAGCAAGCUGGUAAGCUCACUUUAUUCCUACGACUUUAUGUCUACAAAGAUGGAACAGCCCUUUUACCAUGAUGACUCUUUUCUCUCUGCUUACGGCCAAUCGGACCCAAGCAUGCACGACUACAAGCUGCUUAAACAGGGUAUGAAUCUGAACCUGACAGAGCCAUACCGCAGUCUGAAGUCCCAGCUGAGGGCAGAGAUAGACCCGUACCAAGGAGGACACCAGGACAUGGGGUCGCUGAAGCUCGCAUCCCCGGAGCUGGAGAGGCUCAUCAUCCAGAACAGUAACGGCGUGAUCACUACUCCCACCCCGGGUCAGUACUUCUACAACCGGGGUAUCACCGAUGAGCAGGAGGGCUUCGCAGACGGCUUCGUGAAAGCCCUGGAUGAGCUGCACAAGAUGAACCAGAUGCCUCCUCCUAACGUCUCCAUCGGAGCCGGUGGAGUAACAUGUUCGGCUGCUUCUAGUGUCUUCGGCUCCUCCUUGCAGCCGGAGCUUCCCAUCUACACCACAUUGAAUGCAUAUUGCCCCAACACCACCCUCUCCUCCACGUCCAGCUACCCGUCAGCCACCAUCAGCUACCUGCCACCGCACAGCCACGCACAGCCCGCACCGUUCCAGCACGCAAUGCCCGGUUCUGGUCUCCACCCACACCGGCUUGUGGCUCUUAAAGAGGAACCCCAGACCGUCCCGGAUCUCCUCAGCAGCGACGGCUCUCCUCCCAUGUCCCCCAUCGACCUGGAGACCCAGGAGAAGAUCAAAGCGGAGCGUAAGAGGUUGAGGAACCGGCUGGCGGCCACCAAAUGCCGGCGACGUAAGCUGGAGCGUAUCGCCCGGCUGGAGGAUAAAGUGAAGGGUCUGAAAACCGACAACAUGGGGCUCUCCAACACGGCCUCGGUGCUCCGGGACCAGGUCGCUCAACUCAAGCAGAAGGUGUUGACACAUGUGAGCAGCGGCUGUCAGCUGAUGUUAACGAGCAAGCUGGAGGCCUUUUAAAACAGACUAAACUAAAAAACUGUGAAGUAAUAACACUGGAGUCGCACAGCACCGGUGUGUGUGUGGUCAGCACCGACAGCACCGACGAGGCUGUGUGUACACAACUCUUUAGGCUAUUUAGGGUGAAAAGACUGACUGGAAAAUGGUACUUCUGGAUGCUGGACAUCACUCAAAGCACCAUUUGACCCCUGACACCGGGGCAGCAUCCACACCGAGCAGACACUGAGCACAGACUAAUGGUAGAAAGUGGGAAUGAUUAUUGUAUUUUCUUUGUACCUGAUAAUGCCAUGCAAUGCUGCAUUUAUUCAAUGUGUAAAUUAUUAAUUUGUUUUGUUUUAUCCGGUUGAUCCGGGCAACAAAUGACGUCCAAUGUUUACACUGUCCUUUUGUUUUCUAUUUGUGAUGUGUAUUUAAGUAAAGUGUCUCCAAAUGAA